AAUGGAGGUUGCUGACCUCCUCCUGUGCAUGUACGCCCGGCACGUGUAAUAUUCCGUCUUCUUAUUUUGGCUUUCUCCACUCCUCUUUAAUCCCAAGCGAUCUCGAAGGUCCCCAGUCCGAGGGUUUCUAUUCAGAUCUUUGUCCCCAACUUUCCCCAAACCUUUCCCUUAAGACCCCUCUCCCCUCUCCUCUCCUCGCUCUCCAUCUCCUUGUGGUGGCUGAGCUUUUCAUGCUUGGAUGGAGUUUGGCCAUCACAAGGAGGUUGUGUAUCAAGAGGAGUUUAUUAGGAAUUCAAGAGGGGUGAAGCUCUUUACGUGUAGAUGGUUGCCAUCUUCUUCAUCACCAAAAGCCCUUGUCUUCCUCUGCCAUGGGUACGGCAUGGAAUGCAGUGAAUUCAUGAAAGUGGUGGGGUCGAGGCUAGGGGGCGCGGGAUACGCGGUGUACGGCAUGGAUUACGAGGGACACGGGAAGUCGGAGGGGAGGCGCUGCUACAUCAAGAGGUUCGGCAAUCUCGUCGCCGACUGCGAACGCUUCUUCAAGUCCAUUUGCGUGAAGGAGGAGUACGUAAAUAAGAGCCGGUUCCUCUACGGGGAGUCGAUGGGAGGCGCCGUAGCUCUCCUUCUUCACAAAAGGGAUCCCACGUUCUGGGAUGGUGCAGUCCUCGCGGCGCCGAUGUGCAAGAUCUCGGAGGAGAUGAAGCCCAGUCCCAUAGUGGUGAACAUCCUAACCCAGGUGGAGGAUAUCAUACCGGCCUGGAAGAUCGUUCCCACCAAGGAUAUCGUCGACACCGCCUUCAAAGACCCCGUCAAACGCGAAGUGUUAUUAGGUGUGCUAUCUGGUUGUUUUCCGAUCCUCCAGAUCCGGCACAACAAGCUGAUAUACAAGGACAAGCCCCGGCUAAAGACAGCGUUGGAGUUGCUUAGGACCAGCAUGGACCUUGAGGAUAGCUUGUCCAAGGUGAAUCUUCCCUUCUUGGUGCUGCAUGGGGAGGCGGACUUAGUGACCGACCCAGAGGUGAGCCGAGCGCUUUACGACCGGGCCAGCAGCGUCGACAAGACCAUCACGCUCUACCCCGGGAUGUGGCAUGGCCUGACUUCCGGCGAGCCCGACAUUAACGUGGAGAAAGUCUUCUCGGACGUCAUCGCUUGGCUCGACCACCGAGCCCACGAAAGACCCGGAAGAUCACCGUCCAUAAGGAGCGACAUCGCCGACGAAGCCAUCGCCGACGAAGCCAGCCCGUCACCCAAGGUCAUGAGAUGGCAUAGUGGUGCCACCACCAGGAGGCAACCUAGCGGGAUAUUUUGCUUUGGGUGGAAAGGGCGGACGGAGCCCCGCUCGGCCCUCUAAGGAGCUGCACUGGGUGUCGAAACAUUUCAACAAACACUUGGGAAGAUGGAAAAAGGGAAUUUGGGAAGGGUGGGAAUCAAAAGCCAAAGAAAAAACAAAAUUGUGACAGGUGACCUGGGACUUAUCAUAAUAAAAGCAAAAAGGGUUUCAUAGAUCAA